AUGAGCCAAUCGCUUCCCUGGAAAGGUCUCACUAAAUCCCCGCCUCACUUCUGCUUCUACUUCUCCAUUGGCUUCUCUGUUCUACGUUAUAAGCCGAUUUGCCACUUUCUUACCGCCCACCGACGCAUCCAGCCAAUCACAUGCAGCCUCCAAGCUGAUUGGCUGCGGGACUGUUGGGAGAUGGAACAGAAAUUGGCUGAAUUCCGAGCCAGGAGAGCGAAAGUUACUCCGGAGACUGACACCAGGGGGCGCUGUGAGACAAGAAGCUCAGUGGGGAGAGUCAGAGCCCACACACAGGCGGUGUUAGGGAAACUUCAGGGACUGUGUGAGAGAUGGAAACCCAAAUGGGGACAGGGGACCCCUGAAGCACCGACAGGCACCAGCGGGAUACAGGCCCCCCAUGAGGGGAGCAGUAGCCCAGCGAGUGGGGGCGCUACAGAGCCUUCCUGCUAUUCCCUAUGGACAGUCACCCUGCUGCUGAAGUUCCUAUUGUGGCUGGUUCUGCUCGGCCUGUUUGUAGAACUGGAAUUCGGCCUGGCCUACUUUGUCCUCUCCCUGUUUUAUUGGCUGUACGAAGGCACCCGGGGGCCCGGGGCCCGAAGGAAAGGAGAGAAAAGCGCGUAUUCCGUCUUCAACCCGGGCUGUGAAGCGAUAGAGGGAACGCUGACGGCCGAGCAGUUUGAGAGGGAACUGCAGUACCGACCAAUGGCUGGGCUGUAGCCAACAGGGACCUGCUCUGGAAUUAAAGGGAAUAUAAACCCUCAAGACAAAUUAAUUAAUUUCCAGGCGGCUGUAGGCACUAAAAUAACCAGCAGGUGGCGCUGGUGCUGCAAAUUAAUUAUAUUAGCAGCUUAAAGGGAUAGGACCAAUUAUGUUGCUACUUAAUUUACCCCUAAUGGGUAAAUCUUACUUUGGAUUUUUCCUUCACUUAGAAUUAUACUUGGAAAAUGCUCCGUAGCAGCAGGGCCACUGGGCGGCAGCCAUUAUUCCUGUGUCGGGUUCUUACUGGAGGAGUUUCAGCGUUUUCCACCUAAAUUUAUGGCUGCAAUCUUUUUACAGCAUUCGCCCCAAAGCGAAGGAACAGAAACAUAAAUCUAAAGUGCCAAGGCUCCUCCUCCUCCAGGAAGCCAACACAGGAACGGGUGCUGCCUGCGCCCCGCGGUGUGAUGUACUGUGACUGACAGUUGUAAAUCAGGGUGCCCAUGUCACAAGGGGGGUUAUUGGGGUACACUUGCGCCCUAAUAAAGAUGUUUUCACUCCCUGGA